AUGGUGUCCGAUGACGCGCCGCAGAACGGCGGCGAGAACUCCGCGCCGACAUCUGCGAAGUUGAAGGGACGGCAAUUCUACGAGAGCAUAGGAAGUCCGAAGUACAUUGUGGCCCCUAUGGUCGAUCGCUCGGAGUUUGCGUGGCGCAUGCUCACUCGAUCCUUCAUGCCCCCCGACGAACAAAAAUCCCUUCUUGCAUACUCCCCGAUGUAUCAUGCACGACUAUUCGGCGAGAUGCCGCGCAUGCGCACGCAACACUUCCAACCGACCCGCGAGGCCGUCGGUGACACGACCAGAAAGGACGAACUCUUCCUUGACGGAAACCCGAAAUUCGACCGGCCACUCUUCGUGCAGUUCUGCGCAAAUGACCCAACUGAGUUCCUGGAAGCGGCGCGCCAUGUGGCCCCGUAUUGCGAUGCUGUUGACUUGAACCUCGGUUGUCCGCAAGGCAUUGCGAGAAAGGGCCACUACGGAGCUUUUCUCCAAGAAGACUGGGACUUGAUUUACAAACUUAUCAACCGACUUCACACUGAACUUUCUGUGCCGAUUACUGCCAAAUUCCGUAUCCAAGAGUCUAAGGAGAAGACCUUGGAAUAUGCGAAAAUGAUUCUUUCCGCCGGAGCAAACAUCAUUGCAGUGCAUGGGCGCAGACGAGAACAGAAGGGCCAUGAAACCGGGUUGGCAGAUUGGAGCUACAUUCGCUACCUGCGAGAUAACCUCCCGCCGGAGACCGUGAUCUUUGCCAAUGGCAACAUCCUGAACUAUGAGGAUCUUGAGCAGUGCCUCCGGGUAACCGGUGCGGACGGUGUGAUGAGCGCAGAGGGCAACCUGUCAGACCCAACGAUCUUCAGCAAACCACCCCCGGUCGGGAGUGAGGGGCGCGAUUACUGGCGAGGACGGGAUGGGACAGGCGGUUACCGAAUUGAUGCGAUCCUCCGACGGUAUCUCGACAUCAUCUAUAAAUAUGUCCUCGAGCAGCCUGCACCAGAAAGGAAGCCCCUCUUCCUCCCAUCCGACUCGGUGGAAGAGGCGGAGGAGAUUGCAGAGUCUGACGAGCCCGACGAUGGCCCGCCCAAGAAGAAGCAGAAGCGGGAAAAGAUCAAAAAGCCCCAUUCUCCCAGUCUGGGCGUCAUGCAGGGACACUUGUUUCAGGUGCUCCGGCCGAUGGUUGCUACCCAUACAAACGUUCGAGAUGCGCUGGCCCAGUCGCGGCCCGGCGACAUGGCCGCUUUUGAACACGUGUUGACCCUCGUCGAGCGAGCUGUCAAGGCAGGACUGAAGGAUUAUGAAGAGACUCCUGAGAAAUUUGAGAAAAAACCCGACGAGACCUUGACAGGGUCCAAGGCCACCAUUGCCGAGUACGGCCGGCCCUGGUGGGUCUGCCAACCCCACAUUCGGCCCUUGCCUGAGGAAGCAAUGGAAUCGGGAGCGCUUACUGCCAAGGGCAAGACGAGCGUCCCCAAGGAUGUGAAGACAGAGAAGAAACCAGUCGCAGAUACCGACACCCCGACUUCGGGGACGGCCACUCCUGCCGACGGUACGGAUACUUCUUGCACUCUCACGCCCGACCAUCUUGUGAGUGGGUAA